AUGGCUCUCGGGAGUAGUCACCAGGGUAUCUUGGAAGGCUCAUCCCAGCAGAAACUGUCGACUUUACGUCCAGGAGAAUUCGAGAAAAUGUAUAUGUCGCCCGCGAACAAGGUGGAUGGAAAUUUGCGACCAAUCUUUGGCAACCCCACUCCCCUUGGCUUGUUGGGCAUGAAUCUCAGUGUGAGCCCUCUUUGCUGCCAGUUAAUGGGAUGGGCUGGAGCUGGCGGUGGAGGUGCUGCAACGGUCGGCGCUUUCUAUUUCAUAGGUGGGCUCCUUAUGACUCUGGCAGGCGUUCUAGAGUUCAUUCUCGGCAACACCUUCACAUUUGUCGUCUUCUGUUCUUUCGGUGGCUUCUGGUUUUCUUUCGGGGCGACUCUGACCCCGGCAUACAAUGCGACAGGGGCGUAUAACCCGUCAAAUCCAAUGAACCCGGAAUUUCACUCAUCAUUUGCUUUUUUUGCGUUAUUCAUGGGCUUCCUCUGUUUCGUAUACCUUAUCUGCAGCUUUCGGAUCAACUGCGCCUGCAUGAUAAUGUUUCUCUCUAUGACACUUGGCUUCUGCUUAAUGGCAGGUACUUAUUGGCUUAUUGCGCGCGGAAACAUGGAUCUUGCUGAGAAAACGCAAGUUGUAACUGGAGCUUCGCUUUUUGUGACGAGCAUGUCAGGCUGGUAUUAUUUCGUGGCAGAGCUGUUCUCAAGCAUUGGCAUGAUGUCAAUCCCAGUGGGGGAUCUCAGUCGUUUUGCUAAGCGUAUCGGCCUUAUGGAGAAUAAAGACUAG